GCUGCGAGGGGCUGCCGGGACUCGUAGUGCCGGGGCGGAAAGAAGAUGGCGUCCCGGAUCCAUGUGGUGCUGCGGCCCGUGAAGAGUAUCGUAGUCCGCUUCUGUCCCUUCGAGUCCAACGUGGAGAGCACCAGAACAUUUCUCCAAUGUAUAAACCAUAAGAGAAUCCAAGCCACUAACAGGAACUGUGAAGUGUCUGCAGAUGUGAGACACGACGGAUCUGAACCGCUUGUAGAUGUUAUGUUUGCUGAUGGAGAGCGACUGAUAAUGAAAGGAGCCAACCUGACAACAAUUGAAAUGUUAACAGCAUUGGGGUCCAGAUGUAAUGCAAAAGAGCUUGCUGCAGAACAGAAAAGCAAGAAGAAUCCCUGAGGAACAGAACAACUGUGUUGCAUUUGCAUCCGUUAUAACAAGAGGCUGCAAAGAGAGAUUUUCUCCAAUGCAACAAAUCCUGAGAGGUGGCCAAAAACUGACCAGUUUAAUGUGGAGCAGAAUCAACUAUUGAAGUUCUUCACCGUCUUCCCUGAAAAGAAAACACAGUGGAUCAACAAAUUGUAUGGCAGCAGAGGAUUGAAAUGGCUUAAGAUAUGUGAAUGCAGCAGCCUCUUAUCUGCAUGUUGGACUAAUGUCACAUUUUUGCAUAUAAAUAUGAAUAUGCACAUUGGUUAUUAAAUUAAUUAGUGCUAAAGAGAAGACAGGUGUCUCUAGACAUUAUUUCCAAUGAAUUUUAAAGUACUCAUCACUGAUGUAGCUGAGAAACAACAGCCUGCAAAUACAGAGUAGAUUUUCAGAUACUCAGUUUACACUCUGUCUGUUGCUAAGUCCCUGCCAUUUUCUUCCUCUGUUAUUCAAGAAAGUGUGAUAUUUGCCAAAUGUAAAUUUAGCUCAGCAAUUAAAGUAACAAGGUAAUGGGAUUGUGAAUACACAGUAGAGGUACUCAUUGGGCAUAAAAGUAGCAAAAUUUAGCUCAAAGGGAAACAUAAGCUAGUGUUUUUGGUAAUUGGAGAAAAGAGCUAUCUUUGAAGUUCAGUUCUGAAAUAUUUUUGUCACUCACAUUUGGGAGAUUUCAUUAAAUGUUUCAUAAAGAUCAAAGGAGA